UAAAGCAUUUUAAAAACUUUAAUUGUCAUGGACAUGAUUGACUCUUUCAUAUUUAUCGACGAGGGCACACAGCAAAUAAGGUUCGUGAUGCAUCCUAUUCUCAGUCAAACCUGGCCCAUAAAUCACUUGUGUAUGUUGUAGGUCCACAGUAAACGUGUCGCACAUUUGCACGUCAUGGCCGAACCUGCUUGGUGGAAACUGACCUUCUUGAAGAAGAAGUCGGCUGAGUCCAAGGUCCUGUAUGAGAUCCCAGCAGAAUACAGCAGCAGUAAUGGCAAAAAGGAUCUCUCCAGCCCUCCUCUUUACACAGAUAAUACAGACAAACAGCUCGAUACCAGACUGGAAAAGCUAAUGGACAAGUCUGCCACUAAGGGUCGUCAUGUCAAAGUCUCCCACUCUGGCCGCUUCAAAGAGAAGAAGAAGAUUCGAGCCUGUCUGUCAGAAAAUCCCAGUAUUUUCCCAGAGUACAACAGGACAGAUGAGAACCAUGUGGUCGACUAAUAACACACAGACACACACAGACACACACACACACACACACAGACAGACAUAGACACACACACACACACACACACACACACACACACGUUUGAUAAUUAGCAUUGACAUAGUAUACAGUACACGGGGGUAGAAUGACAACUGAAACAUUGCUGAAGAAAAUUUUACAAAUGAUUUUUAUCUCUUUACUCUAUGGAUUAGAACUUCCAGCAACUCUAGAAUUUUUUUUUUUUUUUUUUACGGUUUUGGAAGUUUUCACUUGUUAGCAUAUCUGACAAUUUCAUUAUAUGUUGCUUACUCAUUGUGAGCCAUAUGACAAUUUGUUCUCAAAAUUUACUUAAUGAAAUGUACCAAAUUCACUUAAUCAAUAACAGAUUUUUAUAUAUUAUAUUAUCAAAUUAGUUAGGAUGAUGCUUAGUGGUAUGCUUGUUGAAAAUCAGUGAUAUGAGUUACCACUGGUAACAUGAAACUAGGAAAAAAGGAUUCACUUUUAGUUCUAGUAAAAUGAUUUUGGCUAUACAAUGCACAAAGAAUAUAGACCAAAUAGUAUAUUGGCAAAAGUGAGCCUUUAAAAAAAAAUGCUUAGAGUACAUCUACUUUGUUGUUAAUGUUGCCUAAUUUGCAGACCUCAAAUGUGCCUAGUAAAAGUUUAAAAAAGAUUAUUUGACAACAUAAAAUUUCCAACACUAUGACUGGAAUAUACAACAUGAGUUCUCAUCUG